AUCCUCUAGUCAGCCCUAAUGCGAGUGAGGAACACUGUGUUGCCGCCGGGAGCGAUAUAUUAGUUCUCUCGCUUCGUUGAUAAAUACAAGGCUAGCCAGUGUGCCUCUGAAUGGGGAGCUGGGGCUGGCCUGAAUUAUUACGUCGUCACCGUUGAAGAUGCUUCUGCCUUACUAUCUUCUCGCAGCUGCCGCCACGGUCAUGGCGUCGCCGACCGUGUACUUCAUCCGCCAUGGAGAGAAGCCAGAUGAUGGCGGCAACGGUCUCAGCGCUCAGGGGGUCCAACGCGCUCAAUGUCUCCGAUCAGUCUUUGGCAAGAAUUCUGGGUACAACAUUGGCUAUAUAAUGGCACAAACACCCAAGAAGAGCGGCAAACGGGUCCGUCCCUAUGAGACAGUUCUUCCCUUGGCCGACGACUUGGGUCUUACUGUGGAUAUUUCUUGCGACCGUGACGACCCCAAAUGUGUGAAGAAGGCCGUUAACAACUAUAAAGGAGACGGGAAUAUCUUGAUCUGCUGGCAGCAUGAGGCGCUCACGGAUAUCGUGAAGAAGCUCGGAGCCGACGAUGCGCCGGAGUAUCCAAGUGACAGAUUCGACUUGAUUUGGACUGAUCCUUCGCCAUACACGAAGAUCACGGAGAUCACGAGUGAGCAGUGUCCCGGACUGGAUGGUUAAGCAUCAGACAUGUUGCAGAGUAGCACCCGACUUGCGAUCGUUCUAUGAAACAGACCAGCAGUUAUGACUUUUAAUUAUCGUCAUUGGCAUUGGAUGUCCGUUGCGCUUUUGUUCAUACUGCAGUUUAAUUUUCUCUACUGAUUUCUAUGGGUUAUUUGACUGGAACUUUGAACAAUAGGGAGACAGCCAUAGAGGAAGAUCGUUCGUAUAGGUGAUUCUCUCCGCAAUAUACAAGGACA